ACGUCAUUCACCAGAGCUCCAUCCUCUGGAAGCUAGCUGGAAGGUACUAUACCUUAGUAACCUUGGCUGCACAGGUUAUUAGUCUAUCUGACCUCACGGCCUUUAUCUCCAAAUGAGACUUUGCCAUGUUUUUUCAGACUUGAAAUUCUUGUCCUUUUAGCAGUUCCUUAUUCUCCGGACCAAACAAUGGCUACCCCGACAGCAAGAGGUACUGGUCGGCCUGGUGCGCACGAUGGGCAGCAAAAUCAAAUCCCGGAUGGGCCAUUAACCUUGGACGAGACCCGUCGGGUUGCAGAGCUGCAUAGAAGAGACCUAGCCAGUCGAAGAAUUCAAGCGGAACAGGCAGAUGACUUUGACACCACGGACGAGUAUGAUGACGAUCCAGCGGAGGCGGAAGAUGACCUGUCAGACGAGGACGAGCCUAACUGGAACAGCGGGGAGCUCCCAGGCGAAAACCAUGAAAUGGUCGGCGGAGACAUCGACGUUGACAUACACGACGAAGAGCCCAAUCCUGACGAAUAUGACUUCGACGAAAUGGAGGAUACUACGCCCGUCUUUGACCCUGCCGCCAUUGGCCUCAAGGAGAUCAACAACCUCGCCCACUUUAGUGUGAGUAGUCAUAAGCCAGGGAAUGGUGUUGCAGAGCUCCUGAGCGAUGAUCUCGACAAGUACUGGCAAUCAGACGGACAACAACCCCAUCUCUUGACCAUGCACUUCCUCCGACGCGUGGAGAUUCGCGCCAUUCGAUUCUACGUCGAUUACCUGCAAGAUGAGUCCUACACGCCGACCCACAUCUUGUGGUAUGCCGGCACAGGCCACCAUGACCUGAUGCAAUUUGGAGAGCAGGGACUGGUCGAUCCUCGCGGCUGGCAGGAGAUCAAAAUUGAGGGUUGCGGCGGCGGCCAUGAUGGCAACUCGUUGUGUUGCUUCAUUGUGCAGAUGCAUGUCAAGGAAAACCACCAAAACGGCAAGGACACCCACAUUCGAGGCAUUAAAAUAUACGCUCUGGACGACAAUACGCCACGAGCAAGUGGAAGCGGAGGGGUUGAUUCUGUGACCGCUGAAAGGUCGCCGCGUCGAACUGCAUCGGGGUUGGUACCAUCACAGCAAGGUCUUUCAGGCGAACUUCUAGAGGAUGCUGCCGCCGAUGAGAGCAACCCACGACCGCCACAAACCAAAAAAUCCAGACCAGCACAGUCUUCCUCCAUUGUUGACUUGGAAGGCAUGACGGUACCAGAUUUCCUGCGCGAACCUGAGCUUCGCUGAGUGGGACGGGCUUGUAUGCUAUGAUACUGCUUCACAUGCGGAGAUUAUGGUAUUUGUUUGAUUCGUUCUGCCACUUUGUUUUUCUUAACACCUUGCUUAGAGUUUUAUGAUACCCCUAGAUUUUGAUAAUGCAGCUUAUGUGCACCGGAAACAGGACUCGGGAGAUUUAUCCCUGCUUGGUAUGGCCAAGGGAUAUAUUCUCUUACUUCUUGCAUCAUGCUUGUC